AUGUAUUUGAUUGCAUUCCAGCCUAAGACACCCGAAAAAAAAGGACGGAAACUAAGUUUCGACGACGUGGGCUUCGAGCAAUCGAACUCAUUCGAGGAGCUGGAGGCCAGUGGCUCCAGCCAGUCACCACUCCAUCCUCACUCAUCAUUCGAGGAGCUGGAGGCCAGUGGCUCCAGCCAGUCACCACUCCAUCCUCACUCAUCAUUCGAGGAGCUGGAGGCCAGUGGCUCCAGCCAAACAACUCUCCAUCCUCAGUCACCCUUCGAGGAGCUGGAGGCCAGUGGCUCCAGCGAAACAACAUUCCAUCUUCAGUCACCCUUCGAGGAGCUGGAGGCCAGUGGCUCCAGCGAAACAACUUUCCAUCCUCAGUCACCCUUCGAGGAGCUGGAAGCCAGUGGCUCCAGCUCAACAACUCUCCAUGGCUCACCCGAGACCCUCGCCCACUCGUCGCCGUUGCAGCCUCUGAGCCACAUACGAAACACCGAGGACCUAAAGGCAGGCGAGGUCUCAUGGUUCCCACAAGCCAAGACAUGGAGACUAAACGUGGAUGAGAUCCGCAAGGUCUACCGGGACAGGCUAGAGAGGGUUCAUGACUGCUUGGAGUGCGGCGUCAUCCUCCACAGCCACAAAGCCCUAGCCGAGCAUGAGAAGUUGGACGACCACGUCCAGGAAAAGGAGCGAAUCGAAAAUUUUUUUAAUUCCAAGGCCUUUAUAAACCCCCAAGACGCAGAGCCGAUCGCGGAGCCGGAGACCGUUGGCGACUUAAUGAGUCUCAUAGCGGACGAGUCCUUCCCUGACCUUUUUGAAUAA